CAUCUUUCUCCUAAGAGAUGCCUUAAAAGACUCCCAAUAAUAUUGCCCUAAGAUUUUUUUUUUUAACCCUAAAAACAAUUAAUAUAAUUUUUAUUUCAGAGAGCCUCGCCGAUGUAUAAAUAACAAUCGCGUAGUCCUCGACUUCUCCGUCUUACACUGAUUUUAUCUCCGCAAUUUAUCUCAACUUCUGACGUCUAAUCAUCAUGGGUUUGAAGGAGGACUUUGAGGAGCACGCUGAGAAAGUCAAGAAGCUCACCGCGAGCCCAUCGAACGAGGACUUGCUCAUCCUCUACGGUCUCUACAAGCAAGCCACCGUUGGGCCAGUGACCACCAGUCGUCCUGGGAUGUUCAGCAUGAAGGAAAGAGCCAAGUGGGACGCUUGGAAGGCCGUUGAAGGGAAAUCAACGGACGAAGCCAUGAGUGACUACAUCACUAAGGUGAAGCAACUCCUUGAAGCAGAGGCUUCCUCCGCUUCAGCUUGAUGGUGAUUUAUCAAGUGCUCUUAUGCAGUAAUUCUAUCUAAGCUUCAAAUAAGUUUUAGCAGAAGACUUGGUUCUUUACUUCUUGUGUGUUUUCUCUAUCGUUAAGAAUCUUGAUGCAAAAUUGAAGUGAUGUGUGCAUUUUAGUAACGUAUACGCAUUAUCUCUUUUAA